AUGGAUAAGGAAGAUGAGAAAGAAACACCAAUGGAAAAGGACAAUAUGAAUGAGGAAGAUAUCGAGAUGAACGAGAAAGAUAAAGAGAUUGAUGAGGAAGAUGGAGAAGAUAAGAUGAAUGAACAAGAAGAUACACAGAAGGAUGAGGAGGACUAUCGAGAAGUUACUGAUGACAUUAUAGACGAUGACAUUAUAGACUCGCAAAAAGGACACCACAAGCUUUACAUGAGAAGAAAGAAAGCAGAGAAGAUGAUGAGGAAGACAAUAAGUCCAAAGACAGUAACUACAGAUGCAACACAGAAUAAGAAAAAACGUGGCUUAGCUGUAGCUGAAAAAACUCACCCCCAAAAACCACCGGUUCUUAGAAAGGCAUCAACCAGUAGUGAGUCUGCAUAUAACCCGUUCGACGAUACGGACACGGAAGAUACAGAUCAGAUCACUAGCUGUGAUCAAGUAGCACCGACACAGAUUGCAAGGUCUAAGAAGAAAGGAAAAGAUCAUUCACAGUCAACUGAGAAAAAGAGAAAAAGACAUCCAGAUACUUCAGAUGGGGAGGAUGCAAGUGCAAGUUCACAACCAGAAAGUAAAAGGAGAAGAAAAGAAAUUCCGAGUCAGAAAAAGACAAAAACACCACGGGGAUUAGCACUUGCAAAGAAUUCUAAGCCAAAAAAACAACAAACCACACCCAAGGAGAAAAGUUGUGAAGAGGAUAGUUCAGAGGAGAAUCGUUGUGAAGAGAAUAGUUCAGAGAAGAAUAGUUGUGAAGAGAAUAGUUCAGAAGAGAAUAGUUCAGAAGAGAAUAGUUCAGAAGAGAAUAGUUCAGAAGAGAAUAGUUCAGAAGACAAUAGUUCAGGAAGCUCAAUGAUAAUAACUGAUGAUAGUGAUGAAGAAUCAGCUGAACAGGAGGAAAAAAAAGAGUAUUAUUUUGAGAAUGAAGAGAUAAAAGAGUUCAUCAAGGCAUCUGGUCAGGCAGGGAUUUCUAAGGAAGAAAGUUGGGAAAGCCCUAAGAUUCAAGGAAGACAUCAAGCUACUCAGCAAACAGAUUCGGAAAAAAAUCCAAACCAGAAAGACUAA